GACGAGGAGGAGGAGGAGGAGGAAGCCGAAGGGGCUUGGUGCGUGUGUGUGCAUGUGUGCAUGCGUGUGUGAGUGUAUGUGUGUGAGUGCCGCCGCUGCCCAGGACCCCCGGCCCCGAAGGUGUUGGCAGAAAUAUGGAGAAUAGUCUUGGAUGUGUUUGGGUACCCAAGCUGGCUUUUGUACUCUUCGGAGCCUCCCUGCUCAGCGCACGUCUUCAAGUCUCCGGUUUCCAAAUUAAAGCUUUUGCAUCCCUGCGCUUCCUGUCAGAACCCUCUGAUGCGGUCACAAUGCGGGGAGGAAACGUCCUUCUGAACUGCUCUGCAGAGUCAGACCGGGGAGUGCCAGUAAUCAAGUGGAAGAAAGAUGGCAUCCACCUAGCCUUGGGGAUGGACGAAAGGAAGCAGCAGCUUCCAAAUGGGUCCCUGUUGAUACAAAACAUACAGCAUUCCAGACACCACAAGCCAGAUGAGGGAGCUUACCAGUGUGAGGCAUCUUUGGGAGAGUCUGGGUCCAUCAUCAGCCGGACAGCAAAAGUCACGGUAGCAGGACCACUGAGGUUUCUUUCUCAAACAGAGUCUGUGACAGCCUUCAUGGGAGACACCUUGUUGCUUAAAUGUGAAGUCAUAGGGGAGCCCAUGCCAACAAUACACUGGCAGAAAAAUCAACAAGACCUUAACCUGGUCCCAGGAGACUCCCGCGUGGUGGUGUUGCCCUCAGGAGCACUGCAGAUCAGCCGACUUCAACCAGGGGACAUUGGGAUCUAUCGAUGCUCUGCUCGAAAUCCAGCCAGCUCAAGGGUAGGAAAUGAAGCAGAAGUCCGCAUUCUCUCAGACCCAGGAUUGCACAGACAGCUGUAUUUCCUGCAAAGACCAUCCAACGUGGUAGCCAUUGAAGGGAGGGAUGCCGUCCUGGAGUGCUGCGUUUCUGGCUAUCCUCCGCCAAGCUUCACCUGGCUGCGAGGCGAGGAAGUUGUCCAACUCAGGUCUAGAAAGUAUUCACUGUUGGGUGGGAGCAACUUGCUGAUCUCCAAUGUGACAGAUGAUGACAGUGGAACUUACACCUGUGUGGUCACCUACAAGAAUGAGAAUAUCAGUGCCUCUGCAGAGCUCACAGUCCUGGUUCCCCCAUGGUUCUUAAAUCACCCUUCCAACCUCUAUGCCUAUGAAAGCAUGGAUAUUGAGUUCGAAUGUUCAGUUUCUGGAAAGCCUGUGCCCACUGUGAAUUGGAUGAAGAAUGGAGAUGUGGUCAUUCCUAGUGAUUAUUUUCAGAUAGUGGGAGGAAGCAAUUUACGGAUCCUAGGGGUUGUCAAGUCGGAUGAAGGCUUUUAUCAGUGUGUGGCUGAAAAUGAGGCUGGCAACGCCCAAGCCAGUGCACAGCUCAUCGUCCCAAAGCCAGCGAUCCCCAGCUCCAGCGUCCUCCCUUCUGCGCCCAGAGACGUGGUCCCUGUCUUGGUUUCCAGUCGCUUUGUCCGUCUCAGUUGGCGACCACCUGCAGAACCAAAAGGAAGUAUUCAAACCUUCACAGUCUUUUUCUCCAGAGAGGGUGACAACAGGGAACGAGCAUUGAAUACAACCCAGCCCGGGUCCCUUCAGCUUACUGUGGGAAACCUGAAACCAGAAGCCAUGUACACCUUCAGAGUUGUUGCCUACAACGAGUGGGGCCCAGGGGAGAGUUCCCAGCCCAUCAAGGUGGCCACUCAGCCCGAGUUGCAAGUCCCAGGGCCAGUAGAAAACCUGCGCGCUGUAUCUACCUCACCUACCUCAAUUCUUAUUACCUGGGAACCCCCUGCCUAUGCAAAUGGUCCAGUCCAAGGUUACAGAUUGUUCUGCACCGAGGCAUUAACAGGAAAAGAACAGAAUAUAGAAGUUGAUGGGCUCUCUUAUAAACUGGAAGGCCUGAAGAAAUUUACAGAAUAUACUCUUCGAUUCCUGGCUUAUAAUCGCUACGGACCAGGAGUAUCUACGGAUGAUAUAACGGUGGUUACGCUUUCUGAUGUGCCAAGCGCCCCGCCUCAGAACAUCUCCCUGGAAGUGGUUAACUCAAGGAGUAUCAAAGUAAGCUGGCUUCCUCCUCCAUCAGGAACACAAAAUGGAUUUAUUACUGGCUAUAAAAUUCGACACAGAAAGACAACCCGCAGGGGAGAGAUGGAAACACUGGAGCCCAACAACCUCUGGUACCUGUUCACAGGGCUGGAGAAGGGAAGUCAGUACAGUUUCCAAGUGUCAGCCAUGACAGUCAAUGGCACUGGGCCGCCUUCCAACUGGUACACAGCAGAGACACCAGAGAAUGAUUUGGAUGAGUCUCAAGUCCCUGAUCAGCCCAGCUCUCUUCAUGUGAGGCCCCAGACCAACUGCAUCAUCAUGAGCUGGACUCCACCCUUGAACCCAAACAUUGUGGUGCGAGGUUACAUCAUUGGGUACGGCGUUGGUAGUCCUUACGCUGAGACAGUGCGUGUGGACAGUAAGCAGCGGUACUACUCCAUUGAGAGGUUAGAAUCAAGUUCCCAUUAUGUAAUCUCCCUAAAAGCUUUUAACAACGCAGGAGAAGGAGCUCCUCUGUAUGAAAGUGCUACCACCAGAUCUAUAACAGAUCCCACUGACCCAGUUGACUAUUACCCUUUGCUUGAUGAUUUCCCCACCUCCGUCCCAGAUCUCUCCACCCCCAUGCUCCCACCAGUAGGUGUGCAAGCCGUGGCGCUCACCCACGAGGCUGUGAGGGUCAGCUGGGCAGACAACUCUGUCCCUAAGAACCAAAAAGCAUCCGAGGUACGGCUGUACACCGUCCGCUGGAGGACCAGCUUCUCUGCCAAUGCCAAGUAUAAGUCAGAAGACACAACUUCCCUCAGCUACACAGCAACGGGCCUGAAACCAAACACGAUGUAUGAGUUCUCAGUCAUGGUAACAAAGAACAGAAGAUCCAGCACAUGGAGCAUGACUGCACAUGCCACCACAUAUGAAGCAGCCCCGACCUCGGCGCCCAAGGACUUGACUGUCAUUACUCGGGAAGGGAAGCCUCGUGCCGUCAUUGUAAGCUGGCAGCCUCCCUUGGAAGCUAAUGGUAAAAUUACUGCUUACAUCUUGUUUUAUACCUUGGAUAAGAACAUACCAAUUGAUGACUGGAUUAUAGAAACAAUCAGUGGUGAUCGGCUUACUCACCAAAUUAUGGAUCUCAACCUUGAUACAAUGUAUUACUUUCGAAUUCAAGCAAGAAAUGCAAAAGGAGUUGGACCCCUGUCUGAUCCCAUCCUCUUCAGGACUCUGAAAGUGGAACAUCCUGACAAAAUGGCAAAUGACCAAGGUCGCCAUGGAGAUGGAGGUUACUGGGCAGUUGAUACAAAUUUGAUUGACAGAAGUACUCUCAAUGAGCCACCCAUUGGACAGAUGCACCCUCCGCAUGGCAGUGUCACACCUCAGAAGAACAGCAGCCUGCUUGUGAUCAUUGUGGUCACUGUUGGUGUCCUCACCGUGCUGGUUGUGGUGAUCAUGGCAGUUAUUUGCACCCGACGCUCUUCAGCUCAACAGAGAAAGAAACGGGCCACCCACAGCGUGGGCAAAAGGAAGGGCAGUCAGAAGGACCUCCGGCCCCCUGAUCUUUGGAUCCAUCAUGAAGAAAUGGAAAUGAAAAAUAUUGAGAAGCCAUCAGGCACUGACCCUGCAGGAAGGGACUCCCCCAUUCAAAGUUGCCAAGACCUCACGCCAGUCAGCCACAGCCAGUCAGAAGCCCAACUGGGGAGCAAAAGCACCUCUCAUUCCGGUCAAGACACUGAGGAGGCGGGCAGCUCCAUGUCCACACUGGAGAGGUCGCUGGCUGCACGCCGAGCUACGCGGGCUAAGCUCAUGAUUCCCACGGAGGCCCAAGCCAACAAUCCUGCUGUUGUGAGUGCCAUCCCAGUGCCAACCCUAGAAAGUGCUCAGUACCCUGGAAUCCUCCCGUCUCCCACGUGUGGAUACCCCCACCCGCAGUUCACUCUCCGGCCAGUACCAUUCCCAACGUUGUCAGUGGACCGAAGUUUCGGAUCAGGAAGAAGUCAGUCAGUGAGUGAAGGACCAUCUACCCAACAAGCACCUCUGCUGCCCCCAGCACAGCCGGAGCAUCCCAGCAGUGAAGAGGCACCAAGUAGAACCAUCCCUACGGCAUGCGUUCGACCAACUCAUCCACUCCGAAGCUUUGCUAAUCCUUUGCUACCUCCGCCAAUGAGUGCAAUAGAACCGAAAGUCCCUUACACACCACUUUUGUCUCAGCCAGGUCCUACUCUUCCCAAGACUCAUGUUAAAACAGCUUCUCUUGGGCUGGCUGGAAAAGCAAGAUCCCCUUUGCUUCCUGUGUCUGUGCCAACAGCCCCUGAGGUGUCUGAGGAGAGCCACAAACCAUCGGAGGAUGCAGCCAACGUGUAUGAACAGGAUGAUCUGAGUGAACAAAUGGCAAGUUUGGAAGGGCUAAUGAAGCAACUCAAUGCCAUCACAGGCUCAGCCUUUUAACAUACAUUGCCGAAUUGAUGAAGUGAAUUUUCUGGGAGCUUUGCAGCAUACCAAUCACCCAUAAAUAGCACACCUAUGUCCAAGGACUGUAACCGGUGUACAGGUCACCAUUAGGACCACACAGUUAAGGAAGAUCCUGAAGCAGUUGAGAAGGAAUAAGCAUCCCUUCCUUCAUAAGCAUCAGGAGUCAUAAAUAGUGACUAUGAGGUCACUACACAGAAGUGAGAUGCAUCUUCACGGCGAAAUCAAGGCUGGAGCUGCCAUAAAAGUCCUGGGUCUAUGUCACUGCAGAAACCACACUGUUGUAACCAAUGCCGAUGUUUUCUUUCAUCAAGGCCUGUUGUUUUAUGUGUAGGUCUAGUCUCACAAAAUGCAAGUGCAUUAUUUAAGCCUGUACCACACCAUGGCGAAUCAGUCCCAGCUUACUAUUUUGUUUUCCAUUUUAAAGUACAAAGCAUUCAUGAGAAUUCCUUCAUUCCAUAGUGCUGAAACAUUGGAUGUUUGCCUGACAGCACAAAAA